UCUACUGCGCCCCUCAGCACACAGGCAGUGAUCAGGUAUGGACAAAAAGGCUGCUCAAUAGCGCAUCAUACAAAGGCAGGUUAGCUUGAAUAGGAUCAGUAUUUAUGCUGUUUAACCGGCAUAUGUUGUAGUUUAUUUUAACUGAUUAACUGUUGUCUGAAAUUCGGCACUACGUAUUCAUUAUGAGCAGCGCCGCAAAUAGCGGGACAUUGGCCACUAUAAUCAACACGCGGAAUUGUUAAGUCACGAAAAUAUAACUAUUCGCCUGUAUGGCCAAAGGUGAAGACUACGCAGGGGCGAGGAAGCGGAAAAUGUACUUCUAAAAGUAUUAGAAUAUUUGAAUUGUUCCGUGAAUAAAAUCUGGAAACAACCCGGAGGUACACAAAAGAAGAGGCGCGCGCUAAGCCAGAGGGAAAGUGGAAGAAAGAAUCGCUGAUGUGGAAUGAAGCAAUGGCCUAGAUGUGCAAAACGUCAGGAGUCUUUCUAACCCUAACCCUAGAUGUGCGAAACGUCAGGAGUCUUUCCUCUUUCUGCUUCACUGGAUGAUUAUUAAACUGCUUUCGCACGAACCGUGGAAUGGCGAGCGAGGGGAAUGUUACCGACUGAAUUUCGUGCGUGCAAAACAAGGACUCUUCACGGAUUCCCUUGACAUUCCUGUUACCACAUCAAGUUUUACUUUUGUUUACUUCAGCAUUUGUUUAGAGUAAAAUGCAGUCUGUCGACUUCGCUCAUUCGUGUGCCCUAAAUCAUUCAUAGCGUACCAUGAAAACACGUUGCAUUUUUCACAUUAAUGAGUAGAGAAAUAUCUUUCUUUCCAUCGUACAUCCUUCGUGGACUGAUGGCAACGGCAGCGGACUGUGACAGCGGCAGAGCAACAUCACGGACUUCUUCCCAGGGAAGAGGCCCGCGGGCUCCGGAGCGCAAUGGUUAUGUGAAAACAUGUGCCAGUCCCCUGUACCAGGACAGCGCCUGGCAGCCGGGGCUGGGGCCGGACGCAGUAUGGAGGUGUAGAAAGGUGUGUGUCUCGUCUGCGGUGUAUGUUGGUUCUGUCUCAGUUUUUCUUGCACUGGUAGUUAAACUCGUUGACUGGGAUGUGGAACAUAGCCACAGCUGUAACGGCGGUGGCAAAGCUGAAUCGGGAUCUCCUUUCUACCACAGCAUUGUGGAUCUUACGUUAGCCUUGUGGCAUUUGAUCGCUCCUAUUUUUACACUCGUCUGUGCCUUUUUUUGGAUCGGGCUUUAUCUGAUCCGCUGUGGAGUUCUGAUUAAAACCAUCGUUAUCUUACUGACCGUUUGCCACUUGGGCGAAGCUUUGGCGCUGUCGCUUCUGCAUGGAGUGGAGGACCAGCUGCUCGCGCUCACAGCUACCAUAGUGGUGCUCGCGUGCUUGGCAAGCGGGGCACUCGUGGUGGUUAGACUGGGCCAGGGGGUCUCUGUUAUUAUAGUCAUCAGCGUCCUCAGAACCGUCUCCCUCAUUUCGCUUCAAAAAGUACGGGCUGGCUGGAGACCUUACUUAGCGUAUCUUGUGGGUGUUCUUGGGGUUCUACUGGCGAGAUAUGCUGACAAGCUACUGCCGAUUCCGGGGGCUCACCGGGAAGGUUGCAUCCCCGUAACAGGAUCGAAGGAAGACAUUCCCGUGUUUAAAAGGCGCAGGAGGUCCAGCUCCGUUGUAUCGUCAGACAUGGCACAUCACGGUCCGUCCAGCAGCAAGUCACACAGGAGAAUCUCCCUGCCUUGCAUUCAACGGGACCAGAUGCUCCCACAGCAGCAAGACUGGGACCACAAAAGAAGUGGCCGUGGGUCUCAGUCCUCAGGCACCAGUGUGACGGUGGACAUUGCAGUGAUGGGUGAAGCCCACGGACUGAUCUCCGACCUCCUGGCUGACCCCUCACUUCCCCCAAACACUUGCAGCUCAUUGAGGGCUGUUAGUAACCUGCUCAGCACCCAGCUCACAUUCCAGCCCCUGCAGCACAGACCGCGCCUUAGCCCUCUGUCGGCCUUCAGCGACAGACAUGCUUGCUCUGACUCAGAAGACACACCUGAGAAAAGUGAGAGACUGGCCAUCCCUAAGCGUGUACGUCGGAGUUUGCCUCCUGGGCUUCUUCGACGUGUCUCCUCUUCAUGGACAACCACCACAUCUGCCACAGGUCUCCCCACCAUCGAGCCAGGCCCUGUUAGGCGAGACCACAGUCCCAGUGUCAAACCCAGCCAUGACUGCUCCUCCAGCAGCAGGUCCAUGUCAGCCUCCUGUGCCACCCCAGCCCAUAACUACCUCUACAACAAAGGCAGACGAGGUUACCCUCCCUUCAGUGUCUUGCCCAUGGUCUCCCUGUGCCACUCUCAUCCAGUCCAGGGAACACCGGUCAACAGCCCCACCACUAAGAUCCCUAACCCUAGCCCUAAUCCUAGCCCUAAUUCUAACCCUACCCCUAAUCCUAACCCCUCAGAGGACCUUUCUGACUCUGCAGCCCUUCAGGUCAGAUGUCCCUCACCAAGAGCUCCACACCGAGCCUUAACCCACAGUCAGAGUGCCCCUAGCUCCAGCACAACACACUGGGACACACCCCAAGCCCUCUGUAGCAGCUGUGGAAAGGUUUAUAGUAAAAUGUGGCAUGUGAGCAGAACUACAGCUAAAAGCGACAAAAAGCUUUCAGAUGAUCCAGCACUAGUAUCUUCUGACUACGACAGCACCUAUGAGACCAAUCACAGUGAUGGCAGUGAGUUUGCACAGAAUGAGGAAGACGGGGAGGGCCAAAGACAGCCCUGUGACACACGGGAAUCGUGCAGGACUUUUCAAACAGAAGCUCUUGUCCUGCACCGCUUACUGUCCUCAGAGGACAAGCCUGUUCUGGCCCCAGAGCCACUGGUGAUGGAGGGCUUGGAGCCUCUUAUGAAUCAGAUCAGCAGUUGGAACUUCCCAAUCUUCAGCCUCUUGGAGAAAACCAGUGGCAAGUGUGGUCGUAUUCUAAGCCAGGUAUCUUAUAGGCUGUUUGAAGAUACCAGCCUUUUUGAAACCUUCAAGAUUCCAGUAAGGGAAUUUAUGAAUUACUUUCAUGCCUUGGAGAAUGGUUACAGGGACAUUCCAUAUCACAACAGAAUCCAUGCAACAGAUGUCCUCCAUGCAGUCUGGUAUCUAACCACACAGCCAGUGCCUGGCUUGCCAGUGCUGGCCCACAACUCUGGAUCAGUCGCUGACUCUGAGACUAUCAGUGGAAUCACUCAUGGUCACAUGGGUUAUUUGUUCUCUAAGACCUGUCCAAAGACAGAGAAGGACUAUGGCUGUUUGUCAGGGCUCAUUCCUGCUCUGGAACUGAUGGCACUGUAUGUAGCCGCUGCUAUGCACGACUACGACCAUCCAGGCAGGACAAACGCCUUCCUUGUAGCCACCAGUGCUCCACAGGCGGUGCUGUACAAUGAUCGCUCGGUUCUGGAGAAUCAUCACGCUGCCUCUGCAUGGAACCUCUUCAUGUCCCGGCCAGAAUACAACUUCCUUGUCCACCUGAACCAUGUGGAGUUCAAACGCUUUCGGUUUCUGGUCAUUGAGGCCAUCCUGGCUACCGACCUGAAGAAGCACUUUGACUUUUUGGCAGAGUUCAAUGCUAAGGUGGGGCAUGACAGUUGUUCGGGUAUUGACUGGUCCAAUGAGAAUGACCGGCUCUUGGUCUGCCAGAUGUGCAUUAAGAUGGCUGACAUUAACGGGCCCCUGAAGCACAAAGAUCUCCAUCUCCAGUGGACAGAAGGCAUUGUUAAUGAGUUCUAUGAGCAGGGUGAUGAAGAAGCCAGUUUGGGAUUACCCAUCAGCCCCUUCAUGGACCGCUCGAGGCCACAGCUUGCCAAACUGCAGGAGUCCUUUAUUACACACAUCGUUGGGCCACUGUGCAGCUCCUAUGACACAGCGGCACUCAUGCCUGGCCAGUGGGUGGAGCUUCUACCCAAUGAGGAUGAAGAAGGACGUGGUAUGGAGGAGACCGAUGAAGAAGAUGAGGACACAACUGAAGAAGAUGCUUCCACCAGCUCUGAGCAGUCCCAGAAACUGAUGCCCAAAAAGCGACAAAAGGUCUUCUGCCAGAUCACCCAGCACCUCUUAGAGAAUCAUGAGAUGUGGAAAAAAGUCAUUGCUGAAGAGAACCAAGGGCAAACAGAUGAGGAGCAGUCGUCAUGUCUCAGCAACCCUUCUGAGCCGAUCCUGGCCAUUCAUGAAGAGGAGGAGGAGACAGGAAGCAAAGCAGGGCUAAUGGAAGACCAGGAGGAAGAAAUAUACAGAAAGGAAAUAGGGCCAUUAGAAGCGGAACGAAAGGUAGCAUCAGGGAAGGAAACCCAGCCUGAAGAGAGCCAGCGACCCACAGAGUUUGAGCAACUGACCAAACAACAUCAGAAGACUAUAAAUCAAGACGCAGAAACUGUAGAAAAAUAAAUGAUGCAAGAAUGAGUCCUUGACAGAUCAACGCAAAGGAGAUCAGAAGAGACUUAUCAUCUGUAUCAGUCGAGAACAUUGUUAGAAAGCUUUUAUUUACAAAACAGGACUUUUGAUAAACGGUUGCCAGCACAUCACUUAGACACAACACUGUAGAUGUUUUAGGGGAACAUGUGCCUAAAGAAAGCAAGAUGGGACAAAUCUGUUGGAAAGGGGAUUAGAUGUCAGGGUUUACAAUAGGGUGGAAUUUUAUUUUAUAUUAUGUUAUUUUAUUGUAUUUUUUACAUCAUACCUUGAUUAACUUUCUAUCUCACACUCCAACAUCAUGUUGAGGUGUCAUCUAACCUCCAUGACAAGGGUCUCAAUGAUCUGCCCUUCAGGCCAUGAUUAUCGUGCAUUUUCUGAGGAGCCUCAUGUCGCAGAGGCUCACAUUAGGACACUGAGAAGGAGGUUCUAUAACCUUAACCCUGACCCAGACACUGAGAAGGAGAUUGUAUAACCCUAACCCUGACCUUGACAUUGAGAAGGAGAUUGUAUAACCCUAACCCUGACCUUGACAUUGAGAAGGAGAUUGUAUAGCCCUAACAAUAACCCUGACCCUGAGAAGGAGAUUCUCUAACCCUAACCCUGACCCUGACAAUGAGAA